AUGUAUAAUGGCAGAACGGACCCUAUGGAGCAUGUUAGCCAUUUCAACCAGAGAAUGACUGUUUACUCCAAGAAUGAGGCCUUAAUGUGCAAAGUGUUCCCAUCCAUUUUGGGGCCUAUGGCGAUGAGAUGGUUUGACAGCCUCGAAGAAGAUUCUAUUAGCUCCUUUAAGGAGCUUACUAGGGCGUUUAGGGCUCGUUUUGUGACUUGCAGUAGGGUUCCCCAACCUUUGGACUCCUUGCUGUCUAUGACCAUGCGAGAAGGGGAGACCUUAAAAAUGUAUUCCGACAAGUACUGGAAGAUGUUCAAUGAGAUAGAUGGGAAUUUUGACGUCGUGGCUAUAAGGACUUUCAAGGUUGGCUUGCCCGCCAAGUAUGAUCUGAGAAAGUCUUUGACCAGGAAACCAGUUAGGAGUGUGCGUCAGCUCAUGGACCGUAUUGAUAAGUAUAAACGGGUUGAGGAGGACCAACACCAGGUAAAGGGGAAAGUUAAGGUGGUCCCUCAAGAUAGAAGGAAUCUCAAGUUGGAUAGGUGCAAUAACAAUCGACCUCAGAGAGAUUUUACGGGGAAUUCUAGAUCUACUACUACUCAGGAUGGGGGGAGACCCCACGAAGUGCAACCAAAGUCUUCAUUGCUAGUACCACCAGGAAUGAGAGCACACUACCGAGGAUUACAGGACUUUGUAGAGCCACCUGGAGCAAUUAGUUAA